AUAUAUAAACCCUUCCCAUUUCUCGAACACUUUAGGGGCUUUGACCACGCCCUCGCUCUUCUCCAACGCGCCCUCCACGUAGCUCCUCUCUCUCUCUCUCUCUCUCUCUCUCUCUCUCUACGCGAUUUGGGUCAACGCAAACGACGGAGGCCGCGGCGGCGUUCUCAGGCUCGAGGUGGCGGCGUCGCUGCGCCUCAAUACUCGUCCAUUUCCUACGAUUUCGGAGAAUUUGAAGUUUAUGGUGUAAAAGGCUGAUUUUUGGGGGAGCUCAUUAUAGCUCAACUUGGUAAUUAGAAAAAGAAAAGAAAAAAAGAAAAAGAAAAGAGCAGGGGAUUUGCAGAAAAUGCCCUUCACAAAUGAUGGAAAGAAGAAGUUUUUUCUUCAAAAAGCCAUUGGAUCGAAGGAGAAGAAGGGUGCAAAGAGAACCGAGAGCUCGAUCAACUCCUCUCCAGUUGAUUUUGGAGGGAGCCCAACUUACCCAGAGACAGCUUCCUCUCCUUCCCUCUUUAAAAGCUUUUCAGUAAAUGAAGCUGAGAGGAAGAGCCUAAGUUUCAAUACUUUCUGUUCCCCGAUAACAAAUAAUGUAAAUAUCGAGGCCUUCAGGAUAUUUGUCGCGACAUGGAAUGUUGGAGGAAAAUGCCCCGAUGUUGGGUUGAACCUCGAUGACUUUCUUCCCACUGAUGAUCAUUCAGACAUUUAUGUUUUAGGUUUUCAGGAAAUUGUCCCUCUAAAUGCGGGAAAUGUUCUUGUUAUAGAAGACAAUGAGCCGGCAAUUAGAUGGCUUACUCUCAUAAACCAAGCAUUAAACAGGCCAAUAGAUGCCGACUCAAAUAGCUUUUCGUUCAAUCCGUCUCCCUCUAGCAUUUCAGCUUCUUGUCAUCCUCCGACUCUUGAUACUACAAUUUCAAGCCAUUCGAAGACGGCUAGUGGUUCUGUAAUCUUUCAAAAGCCCUCUCUCAAAGCAGCUAGCAAAAUUUUCAGACCAGUUAACAGAAGAAGGCUUAAGAGCUGUAACUGCCCAGUGGAAUUUACUAAGACAUUGUAUAAAGAUUCGUGUUUUCGUUGUCCGCAAGCUAAUGUUAGCGAGAGUGAUUCCUCAGAGGAGGACGAUGAAGAGGACGGGACAGAGGACUUUUCGAGCUUUUUCACGGUGAAUGGUAAACCUUCUGCUUUUUCUGAGCAGCUAAGAUACAAUCUCAUAGCUACCAAACAGAUGGUGGGGAUUUUUGUUUCUGUGUGGGUGAGGAAAGACUUAGUUCAGCACAUAGGCCAUCUAAGGCUCUCUUGCGUUGGGCGUGGGAUAAUGGGCUAUCUCGGUAACAAGGGGUGUAUAUCGGUGAGCAUGACACUGCACCAAACGAGCUUUUGCUUUGUUUGUAGCCAUUUGGCUUCGGGGGAGAAAGAAGGCGAUGAGUUAAGAAGAAACUCUGAUGUUAUUGAGAUAUUGAAGCACACACAGUUUCGAAGGAUUUGUAGAAGAGCUGGACGGAAGAUCCCGGAAAAAAUUCUUGAACAUGAUCGGAUUAUAUGGUUAGGGGACUUGAACUACCGUAUUGCGCUAAGCUACUCAGAGACUAAGAAACUUCUAGAGGAGAAUAAUUGGGAUGAACUUUUUGAGAAGGAUCAGCUUAAGAUUGAAAGAGAAGCAGGACGAGUAUUUAAAGGAUGGAAUGAAGGGAAGAUAUAUUUCGCUCCAACGUACAAGUAUUCAUAUAACUCAGAUGCUUAUGCUGGAGAGACGGUGACGUCAAAGAAGAAGAGGAGAACCCCUGCAUGGUGCGAUCGGAUAUUAUGGCGUGGUGAUGGGAUUGUACAAUUGUCUUAUUUCCGUGGGGAGUCUAAAUUCUCUGAUCAUCGGCCAGUUUGUGCAGUUUUCAUUGUUGAGGUUGAGUUACUUGACCCUAGAUUGAAGAAGGGCUCGUCAACUUCCAACAUGAAAGUUGGUGCUGAAGAGCUUCUACCCAAAAGCCGUAAAUUCUUUCCUAAUAAAAGUUCCUGCCUAAAAGAUGAAUAACUAAUGUUCAAUAAAAUGUGCACGCGACAUAUUGAUUUUCAAUAAAAUGUACAUGCGACAUAUUGAUGAGCGACUACCGCAAGGAGUGUAUGUUUGGCAAAAUUGAUGAAAUACUCUAAGAUCAGCAAAAUAAAUUGGAAUACCAAAUGUAAUCAGUUGCUUUUAUUUGCGUUGGCUCCUCAUGGAAGAGAUUCCGAGACUAAUUUUGUAACUGCGCUUUUUUUUAAUUUGGUUUACAGUCGAAUUGUUUGAAAUGAAAAUUGUAACUAUUGUUGCAUUGAUAAAUUUUUGUGGCAGAGGAUUUUUUUUUUCUUUUUUAUUUUAAGACCUCUUUUUGGGUUCAUUUGGGGACAGGUUUUGCUGUUGAAAGGAACAUUUUAGUCUCUCCACUCUGAGAUGUACAAAACCAUGUUUCAAUAUAUGAAUAAGGAUUUACAAUUCUAAAUUCAA